UACCAGAACGCCCAUUUCUGCCUCUUCCUCUCGCGCAGUCCAUGCCUUCUACCUUUUAUACUCUCCGAAAUAUCUGUCUUCUGGGCUUUACGAUAGCAGUCUUGCCACAUGUACUGCGCUCAACGUGUUUUUCGACUGUGCAAAUGGCUUGAACGACUAGGAGACCGACUUACUGGAGCUGCUGGACCAGUCUUCGUAUCUCUCGCGAUUGUCUUACUUUCGACGGGAACAAUUUCCUUUUUUGAUGUCAUAGCACCAAGUUUACCGUGGCCUUGGCUGUCAAUACCGGCAUGUCUUUUGAUAGCAACGAACAUGUUCGCGCACUACUACUACGUGUGCACGAUUUCACCAGGCUUUGUAGCCGACGGACCACAUACUCCUGGAACUGGACUGCUAUGGGCGAAGAAACGGAAGACGGCUCGUAUUCGACAGUUAACCGGCGUUCGAUGGUCUGAUGACGUGUCUGUAACGAAAGCCUCGGUAACAAAGUGUAGAAGGUGUGCAGAAAUGAGGCCUGAAAGCCCAUCAUUGCCGGAUAUGCAACCGUUGUGUAUUGAAAUACGAUCACCACUGUCCCGGGUGAACCAAUGUGUCGGACUUUACAAUGAACGAUAUUUCGUACUAUUCCUUGUCUAUCUUGUAAUUGCGACAUUCUGUUUCUCAGCCUUAGGAUGGCCGCAUGUCAUGGCAGCUCUUGGAUGGCACGACGAUCCUUGGCCUUAUCGAUCACCUCAAAUCAUGUUUCUGCUAACUUACAUUCUAGCAGCCGUUCUGUGCUUUGCUGUCACUAUUAUGACAGGAUGGCAUCUCUGGAGCAUUGCGUCCGGUGAAACAUCUGUCGAGGCUCAUGACCACGAUCACUAUCGGAGAAUGGCCAAACGCCGUGGAGACGACUUUGUAAAUUCGUACGACCUAGGCAAAAUGAAAAAUCUCGAGUUGUUCUUCAAUGUUGGAAUGGACGGAUACCCAUUGUACACCCUCGCCCUUCCUCUCCGGGCAGAACCAUAUACCGACGGUCGAUCAUGGGCUCGGAAAAAGGGUCUCGAGCGUCACCACGGUAUCCCAUUGCAUUAUCGACAGUUGUGCCUAUCUGUUUCCCUGGGUUGUGUUUCUUUGGUAGGAUUGUGGUCGGUCAUGGCAUUGCUUUGGAGUACGAUGUAAUAUUGAAUUCUCGUCGUAAUGUACAAAGAUGAACCUUGAUAUACGGGAACACACAUUGUAGAGUUAUUCAGGGAAUCUUCAUCUCCUCAUGAUUACGCAGUCAACGCUACGCUUUCACCCAAACACGUAAGACUGACUCGUUGGUUGCUAUUGGUUCCUCAUAAUCGUCCUCGAAUUCUCCUUUUGGAAGGUGUAUAGGCUACAGCCUGUGGGAACAGGUGAGAAAAAAAAAUCCAAUAGCCUUCA